ACAACCUGACGCAGGGAGACGGCUCCACACACUGUUUGGCGGAACUGUUGCUUGUUGACAUCCCACCUCUGGAAUGCUGUGUGCAGUCACUGUGAAGGAAUAACGUGGACUCACCUCACCGACAGGCUCCACUUAUGUCUCACCUCCAUGCUCCAUCCUCAUCUCUCUGGCUCAUGCUGUGUUUCCUGCUCAGUGUCUUCCUGCUGCUGUCCACAGGGGUCUAUGGCCAAGGUCGUCUUAAGCUGACGGUCCUGUCUGAGGACAGACUGCAGAUGAAAUGGAAGGAGGCAGACGGACCAGUUCAGGGCUACAAAGUCCGAGUGAAACCCAUCUCAGAGGUGCCACAGCCGGAGCUGAUGCUGACCACCACACGGGGCCGGGCCACAGUGGCAGGACUGGACUCCAGUCAGGAAUACGCCCUCCAAAUCCUCGUGCUCAAUGGGACGACAGAGAAGCUUCUCGCAAAGCGCCGAUUCACCAUGGAGGGUCUGCGGGAUGAGGAAAUGAUCCGCAGCGGUAGCCGAGAGCAGAAGAAGAAGCUAUUGCCUGGCGGGUCGGGGUCUGGAGACAUGGACGAUGUGACGGAGGCUCUGAUGGGCCUGCCAACAGUUCUGUAUCCGGAACCCACCACCACCAUCAACCCCGUUGCUGCUGCUCCGACAACAGAGCCCCCGGCGAUAGAAUCCCCCUCUCAGCUCCCCGAUGAGGUGCCAGAAAAAACCCCCAGAGAGAAGAGGAAGAGAAAGAAGGAAAAAGAGCGGGAUCGUUCCAAGGGGGAGAAUAAGGAGGAGCAGGGAACGACACAGGGCAAAGCAGCCGAGGAAAAGCCCCGCAAGACACCCACCCCUACCCAACCAGUGACAGGGAUGUCUCCAAGGAAACCAUUUGAGUGUGAGACCGAUGCAGCUGCGGACAUCAUGCUGUUGGUGGACGGCUCCUGGAGCAUCGGGCGUACCAACUUCAGACGGGUUCGAGACUUCUUAGAGGGCCUGAUGACACCCUUCAACAUCGGGCCGGACCACAUUCAGAUCGGUCUGACCCAGUAUAGUGGAGACCCCCGCACAGAGUGGCAUCUCAACAACUUCACUACUAAAGAGCAGCUGUUGGAGGCAGUGAGGAACUUCAGAUAUAAGGGAGGAAACACAUUUACAGGCCAGGCGCUGCUCCAUGUCAUGGAGGAGAACAUGAGGGCAGAGGCAGGUGCAAGGUCAGCUACACCCUUUUUCCUGGUCUUGUUGACCGAUGGUAAAUCUCAGGAUGACGCCAUUGCUGCGGCAGACCGCCUGAAGAAUGCCGGCGUGGAGAUCAUCGCUGUAGGUGUAAAAAAUGCAGAUGAGGCCGAGUUGAGACAAGUGGCGUCGGAGCCCGUGGAUCUGAACGUGUACAAUGUCAAUGACUUCCCUCUGCUCAGCAAACUGGUGUCGCGACUGGUCCACAUCCUGUGUGGGAGGAUAGAGGACCGCGGCAUCUCAAAACGAAUGGAGCCUGGGCCCACAGCAGACCCAGCCCUCUCCUACCCAAGUCCUUCUGAUCUCCGCUUCUCUCAGCUGGGCUCCAGAGAAGUGCAGCUUCACUGGACCAAUCCUGCUAAACCUGUCCAACAGUUCAGAGUGGUCUACCACAGCGCCGAGGGCCAGAGUCCACAGGAGGUGGUGUUGAGUGGUUCAGAGUCCACAGUGCUGCUGGAUGGCCUCUCCUCUCAGACACUGUACCAUGUGUCCAUCUUCCCUGUGUAUGAAAACAAUGUUGGCCUGGCCCUCAGAGGAACCGUCACCACGUUGCCCCUGGCCACGCCCGCCAACCUGGAGGUGACUCCCUCCUCUUACAGCACCCUGAAGGUGAGCUGGGGUGCAGCGCCCGGUGCGACACAGUACAUGAUCCUGUACUCGGCACUCAGCCACGGAGAGCCUGACGACGCCAAGGAGGAGAAAUACGGUGCAGAGCAGACCAUGGUGGAGCUGACGGGCUUACUCCCGGCUACAGACUACUCUGUCACUCUUUACGCUCUGUACGAGGAGGAUCCCAGCGAUCCUGUCACCGCUGUUUCCGCCACACUCCCCCUCCCACCACCCAUGAGUGUUCAGUUCCCGAUGGUCACCCACAGUAUGCUGAAGGUGAGCUGGGUGCCCGGAGCAGGGGACGUGCCCGGCCACAGAAUUACAUACAGCACCAACCACGGCAGUGACGUUAAGCAGGUCGAGGUAACAGGACUGAACUCAGUGGUGGUGCAGAACCUCUCCUCUCUGUCCAGAUAUCUAGUUUCAAUCCAGUCUAACUACCCACAAGGCCUCUCUGCAGCUCUCACCAGUAACAUCACCACACUGAAGGUGCCUUCCCCAUCAGACCUCAGGGUGACUAACUUCUCCGACAGUGACAUCACCGUGCGCUGGCAGGCCGGGGCUGAGGAUGUCGUCUCUUACCUCAUCAAGUGGAUCUCCCUCAGUGGAGGAGACUUGCAACAGCUGAGGGUGAGUGGGGAGAGUGAAGGGGCGAUCCUGGAGGGGGUGGAGGACGAUAAGGAAUACCAGAUCUCUCUGUCUGCACUUUAUGGAGAUGGAGCUCAGAGUGAAGCAGUGGCCAUACGCUACAGCACCUUGUCUGGCGGAGGUCCAUCCGGCAUCUCAGUGACAGAGGAGACACCAGUCAGCAUGGUGGUGAACUGGGUGCCUCCCAACGCUCACGUCCUGCAGUACCGUGUAACCUACACCGCGCUGACUGCACCUGAGAGCCAGGACAGCACUGUGUUGGUCCCAGGUGGUGAGAAACAGGUGGUGCUGGAGUCGUUACAGCCAGACACGCGGUACAGCAUCCUGGUCACUGCAGAGUACCGCAACAGAGAAGGAGGCAGCGGCUCAGCUCAGGGCAAAACCACCAGUCUGCGGGUCAGCAGUGUGAGUGUAGUGCGCUCAGACCAGUCCAGUAUCUGUGUGUCCUGGAGACCUGUGUCUGCUGUGGAUGGAUACCGUAUUGUCAUCCAGUCUGUCAAAGACAAGCAAACAAAGGAGAAAGCUGUGGCAGAGUCCAGCAGCAGUCACUGCUUCACUGAUCUGGAACCAGAGACUCUGUAUCGCAUCAGCGUGCACUCUCUGAUCGGCUCAGCAGAGGGCGCAGCCGUCUCCAUCCUCCACCCAACAGCCACAGCUCCUGCCAGACUUCCCAUUCAUCCCCGGAUGUACCCCAUACACAACGAAGUCUGCCCUGAAGUCACCAUCAGAAACAGCAUUGUUAAAGGAUUCGACAUGAUGGAGGCCUUCGGUCUGACUCGAACAGCUCACUCCUCUGUGGAGGGCGUAGCUGCCGAGCCUUUUGUCUUCAACACCCUCCCUGCCUACACUGUGUUCAGAGACAUCCAGCUGACACAGAACACCAGGUUUAUCCACCCUGCAGGUUUGUCUCCAGAACACACCAUCAGCAUCGCCUUCCGCGUGCUGCAGGAAACACCCAGAGAGCCCUUUGCCCUCUGGCAGCUCACUGACAACGACUUCCAGCCCAAGAUGGGAGUGGUGCUCGACCCUACGACUAAACACCUGGUGUACUUCAGCCUGGACUACCGGGGAGAGGUGCAGGAACUGACCUUCGACCAGCGGCAGGUCCACAGACUGUUCUAUGGCAGUUUUCACAAGAUCCACCUGACUGUCAGCCAGGUGAGCGUGUCCCUGUCUGUGGACUGCCAGCGCGUGGGGGAGAGGCCGGCCCGCCCUCUAGGCAACCUACCCACCGACGGCUUUGAGAUGCUGGGAAAACUGGUGAAGACCAGAGGACCCAAAAGUGGCUCUGCACCGUUCCAGCUGCAGUCCUUUGAGAUCGUCUGUAAUACCACGUGGGCUUUCGAGGACACCUGCUGUGACCUGCCUGCAGUGAGGGAUGAGGAGAGCUGUCCGGCCCCGGUGUAUACCUGUACCUGUUCCUCUGAUGUCCCCGGAGCCCCUGGUUCCCCCGGAUCAACUGGAAGGCCAGGUACUCGUGGUGAGAAAGGUGAAAAGGGUGACCAGGGUCAAAAGGGGGAAGUGGGUCCUGCAGGAAAGCCUGGAUUUGAGGGAGGCCUCGGAGCCCUGGGGAGCAUAGGGCCCCGAGGCAUGGCUAUGCAGGGCAAAGUGGGUCCACCCGGUGCAAGAGGGGAAAAGGGAGACCCUGGGAGGACAGGAAUCCAGGGUUUACUAGGACCUCCAGGUUCAAAGGGGGAGCAGGGGGUCCCUGGCCCUCCGGGUAUUCGGGGGCUUGAAGGAAAUAUUGGUGGACCUGGCCUUACUGGAUCAAGGGGUUUCCAAGGAAGGCCAGGACACCCAGGGCCGAUGGGUGAAAGGGGGCUCUCAGGACUGGUUGGCCCUACGGGUCUGCCAGGGGGUAAAGGGGAGCGAGGAGAGAAGGGGGAACCUCAGUCUAUGGCCAUGAUCUACCAACUGGUCACACAGGCCUGUGAGCAGUUAGUGCAUAACGAGGUGCUGAAGCUCGACAUGUUCAUUAAUGAGAUCAAUCGUAAGCCAGCUCCAAUUGAGGAGCCGGUGGGGCCUCCCGGGGAACCUGGUAUACCAGGGCCUAAGGGCCCACCAGGUGGCAGGGGCAACCAGGGCAAUGUUGGCUCGAGGGGGAGACCUGGGAGGCCAGGAUAUCCUGGAGAGCAGGGAAGAAGAGGCAUGCUAGGGGCCAAGGGGGAUGCAGGGCCAAAUGUCCAGGGGCCCACAGGGAUCAAAGGAUUUGCAGGGCCUCCGGGUGAGGCCAAGCUGGGUGACCAAGGUUCUAAAGGAGAUGAUGGUAAGUCAGGACCCCAGGGGAUCAGCGGACCACCAGGACAGCCAGGAGAGAUGGGACCCCCGGGAGUGUGUGACAACAGCGGCGGCUGCAACAGAGCCCCCGAGCAAACAGAAGACCCCGAUUACGGCUACCAACCUUGAAAUUUGCAAGCAAGCAGACGACAGACGUCUGUUUGAAAUGACUAUGAUUCCUUUGGAGCUGAAAGCCAAACUGGGAAUGGAGCUAAAGAAAAGCAGCACUGAAGAGUUUUGGUGUGUGGAACGUGCCACUGACUGAUGCGGAAGCUUCACUAGUUUCAUCAUGUGUGAGAAAGCGAAAAAAACACAGGAAGGGUCACUCUUGGUCUUCUUGUUACAAUGAUCCUCGACAUAAAAAAAGGGCUGAGAACUCAACAAAGAAUAAGAGAGAAGCUUUUUAAUAUAGAAUAGUGUUUUGAUGAACAGAUAGCAUCAUAAAGGAAGAUAUUUUUUCAUUGGGAUUAGUCAAGUGCUGUCUUAUACUCCAUAUUCGCACUGAAACCUUUUAUUACUUUUAUAUAUUCAUGCACUGUAUCAAUGCCAAGUAUUUUAGCAUCUGUGCUAUAUUUCUACCUUUUGCAUCUGCCAUUCUAACCUUAACUGCCUCAAGGAUAAUGAAAGUGCAUAAUCCAUGGUGAUAAAGCUUAUUUUUAGUCCAUGGUAUAACUGAUACUGUGAGAAAGCCUGUUGUCAUGUGUAUGAUAAUGUGUAUAUUGUUUAUUAUAAUUACUGUAUGCAGUUAUUCAUGUGUUAUAUUUUGUACUGUAUGUAUUCAUAUGGAAAAUACAUGUUUACAUUUUCUGGUUUCAAUGGGAUUGGGGUGAGAAACAUUUCUGUGUGUGUGUGUGUGUGUGCGUGUGUGUGUGUUUAUCUUGUAAAUAAAUCACGUUAAUGUGUC